ACAAACUCAAAUGCGCCUGGUUGGGAUCCAAAAAAGAAGCCUUUUCCAGGCGUCUUUCGUGAUAACACAACUUUCACGUUCCAAUCUGCAAAAGAUGGCAAAGUGAUCAUCGAAGACCCUUACAAUUGGCUCGAGAAAGGAGAUGGCAAUGAUGUUGAUAGGUUCAAAUCACAACAAACUUCUUUCACCGAUGCAUACCUGUCCCAAUGCCCGAAUUUGAGUCAAGAUACAGAAGCUAUCAAGAAAGCUGCAAACUUCCCAACUGUAACCUUACCGAAAGGUCAAGGUCCGGUCAACGAUCUGACAUAUAUUUACAAAGUCACGUUCCCGAACAAAGAACGACCAAUUUGGUUUUUGGCAAAGUACAAGGAUAUCGAAGCUUCCCGACAGAACAACUAUGCCAUUCUGCCUGGACAACCAUUCUUUGACGAGAAUUUGAUCAGUAAUGAUGGUAAGAAAAACAUUGUCGAUUUCACACUUUCUCCCGAUGGCAAAAUUGCCGCAUACACAUAUGAUGGAGGUGAUGGAAACCUGGAAAUCUUCUUUCGCAAAACAUCAGCACCAUUCUUGAAAGGGAACUCUGUUGAUGAUGACGAGACACGCCUGCCUGAUCAUAUCGUCAACCAAAACGGAUUCUUCUGGGUCAAUGAUAGUUCCAGUAUCAUCUACUCGCAAAGCGGAGAUAAAGAUCAAAUUCGUAUCCAUCACCUGGGAAAAGACCAAAAAGAUGAUUUAAUCCUAUUGGACUCCGAUUCAGCUGAUCCUUCAAGUUCCUACACUGUCUACAAAACGCAAGAUAAUGCAUGGAUGAUGGUCUAUCACGGACAAGGCAAGGAUGAUGGACAGCCUAUCUAUCUUGCUUCACUCACUCAGCCGCUCACAGAGCCUCUCAAAUGGCUAUCGAUUACGAUGGGAACCAAUGGCUAUUUGGCAUAUUAUACCAACAUCGGUAACGACUUCUACUUUUCAAGCAAUGGAGAUGGUGCAAAUAAUUACAAGAUGGUAAGGCGUCAUAUUGAUCCCUCAAAAGCGCGCACGGUCAAAACGUUGAGCGAAUUGAAAGAUGAAACACCAGAAGAACUCGUCAUUCCGGAACAUUCUGGUACAUUGCAAGCAGGUGUGGUAUUCGCAGAUGGUACAUUGAUGGCAUACUAUACCGAAGAAGCAAAGCACAACAUCUAUUUGUACGAUUUGAGAACGGGUAAACUUUUGCAAAAGGUGAUGGAGAAUUCUGGCUUGUACAUCCAAGACAUCGAUUCACCAGCAUUGGGAAAUGAGGCCUACUUGUUUACUUCUACUUUCAACAAGCCGUACGUGAUCACUCGAUUCGCCUUUGAUGCAAACAAGAAGCUGCAGAGCGAGACAAUUGUGGAUAUGAAGGUUUCGGAUGUAGACUUGAAUAGUUUUACAGUUGAAUUGCAUCAAGCACCAAGCAAAGAUGGCGUUCAAGUACCAUUCACGAUCAUGUACACGAAAGGAACAAAGUUUGAUGGAACGAACCCAGCUUUGCUUUCUUUCUUUGGCUUUUUGGAAACUGAUUGGUAUCCUUACUACAAUCCAUAUUUCCUCACUUGGGUACAAAGCUAUCAUGGCAUCCUUGUCAACAUCAACGCUCGUGGUGGAAGUGAUAAAGGUUACCAAUGGGCGAAAGAUGGCCAAUUGGGAAACCAUCAACACACAUUCGAUGAUAUCUUGGCCGUUGCAGAAUAUCUUGUGGAAAAGAAGAUGGCACAAAGAGGUAAGGUAGCUUUGACUGCUGGAGGACUUGGCGGUACAGGAGCUAUGGCCGUUGCCAAUCAAGCGCCAGAAGGAUUGCUUGGAGCUGUGAUUGCAGAUAGAAGUGCAUUUGACCUCUUACGUUUCGAUCAGAUCAAUCCUUCCGACAAAAGUCUCUACUAUGAUAUCGGUAACCCAGGCAUUCCAGAACAAUUUGAUUGGCUACGUGCUUAUAGCCCAUUGCACAAUGUCAACGCCAAUAAAACGUAUCCGUUCGUCUUCAUCGCUGCUGCCGGACGUGUGAACGCUGCUACGUUCCCGCAACAUUCUUACAAGAUGAUCUCCGAGCUUCAAUACCGUCGAAGCAUCAAUGCCAACCCUUUAUUGAUGUACAUCAUCAAAGAUGCC